AUGACUCUAUCGCGGUCACCGCCACUACGCUCGCCAUCACUUCCACUAGCAUCUCCGGUCCGCAUCUCCAAUCCCGAGAUACAACAGGCGCAGUCAUCAUUCUUCACUCCAGCCUCUCUACCAUCACGCUGGGUUACCUCCCUUCUGUCCUCCGCCGUCCGCCCUUCGCUAUCUCGGCCUCGCUCGAUCAACGAAGAUGCCGAAGAUGAGGAGGCUCAUGCAAAGCGUAAGCAUGCAUUGCACGAGCAAACUCUGCCGGCAGUGCUGCCUUCUCAGGUGACAGAGACUGUCAGCGGCUUCUCACGCGCUGUUCCUCAGGCGGUGCCGAAUCCACCACUCGCGAGCUCAAUCCCUGUGGACGAUGCGAUCACUCAUGGGACUCCAUUCGCUUCUCACCCCUUCGUUCCCGCGUCGGGCGCGCCUGGGUUUGCUGGUGACAGAGAGUGGAAUAAAGGGUUUGAGUUCGACAAGAGUAUUGUCGAGAAGAAGAGCGUGCGACUCAUGGGCAGAAAGGAGGUGACGACGCCUGUCUUGACCGUUGAGGUGGCCGAUAUGCUGCGGCCGCAUUUCCCGGCUCUGGCGCGUCUUCCACGUAUAUGGUCUCUCCUCUAUAGUCUCGACCAGCACGGUAUCUCGUUAAACACCUUAUACGCUCGCUGUCAAAGCCAUGUAGGCGGUGCGCUACUCGUCAUCCGCGACUCCGGCGACACGCUAUUUGGCGCAUGGAUGGGUGAAGGAAUUCACCCAUCCAAGGGUUCAUAUUACGGUAGUGGCGAGUCAUUUCUGUGGAAGCUCCCUCCGGACCAACGACUACGGAUAUAUAAAUGGACGGGAAAGAAUGACUAUGUGGCACUGUGUGAGCCGGAGUAUCUAUCAUUUGGAGGAGGCGAAGGCCACUAUGGCUUGUAUCUCGACAACUCGUUGAUCGACGGCUCCUCGGCGCGAUGUCCGACGUUCGACAACGACCCGCUAUGCUCGGCCGGUCCGCGGCAAGGCGAGAAUGUGAGAUUCGAGUGCGUUGGCUUGGAAGUCUGGGGGGUAGGCUGA